AUGGCAAGUUCCAUCAAGCAAAGACCAACGUCCAAGGUGCCUCGCGCACCGAGACGGGAUGUCCUUGCACCAUUAAAGCUAGCUCAGAUUGAAGUUGUGAAGCCUUUACUCCCAGCUGAAAUUAUGGCCUCAAUCCUUGACUAUCUUUCCCCCACCGACCUUAUAAUCGUUGCAAGGACAUCAAAGAAAAUGCAUGAGAUGGCGUACGAUGAUACCAGAUGGGUUAGGUUUCUAAGGCAGAUAGGCUGUUGGAACGAAGCAGAAGCUAGGAGUGCGGCAGAGGGCUCUGAAGAGGACGCCGACCGCCCGCACGGUGGGAGAACACGCCCUAAGCCUUCGAUACCCGGAUUGGAUACCGAUACAUCCAAUGGGAAUAUUACAGACCCCAGUGGAUUUGAUAUCGUGGAAUUCAAUGCAGAGGUGGAAGCAGAAAUCACAGGCCCCCUGGCGGCACUCAAAGAUGCUUGCUCGGUCAGAGGUAGAGCCAGGGAGGAGUACGGUAAAAUCCACGAAUCUCUGAACCCCUUCUACCAGGAUAUUAUCAAAACCGAGAGCCCGACUGACUCCUUGGUUUUUAAAUCAUAUGAUAAGCCUGAGCAGCAGGCCCUGUUAUUGUCAGAGCUACACCAGUUCUCAAAUGCUGAUAUAGGACUUGGGUCCACGGCGCGCAGAAGAAAGCUGGAUGAUGUCAUAUCCGUAUUUGAAAAGGCUGCUUUACGAGAGUUCAAGAAUGGAUAUGAAAACGGGAACCCUGAUGAUAUAAUGCCACGUUAUGCGCAGGUUUUAACAACCCUCAAUGGAGGCGCGGCAGCUGUUGAGUUAUUGAUUUAUCAAAAUCACAUAAUCAAGCAGAAAACAAAUUUCGGAAGCCCUAUGGAUGGAUUCGAUGCAGACACAGGCACAGUGUCCCUCGACCAUACUCAUGCUUUCUUGACGAGGCUCAGUGUGGCCUUCAACGAGGAGGCUGCUUGUAUAAAUCGAUGUUUCCCUAAUGGUCCAAACGUAUCGUCCUUAUUCCUGGAAAAGCUAUGUAAAGACAUACUAUCUCCAUAUUUUCUUCCUUUGCUGGACCUUCUUCAAUCCACGAAUAAAGCAGCUUACAUUCAGACACUGCCCGGGACAUUCGCCCAAUCGCUGAACUUCAUUCGCGAACUGAAUCCAGUUCAGGUACCCAGUGAUAAAUUCAAGGAACUCGCCCGGGGCGCUAUUGAAGCGAUUUUCGGACCUCACAUUGAUCUCUACCUUGCAGAAGAAUUGGACCAGUUUCGGUCACAUUCGGAAUCAAUAGUUGGAGAUUGGGACAGACAACUGUCUGAACGAGCUGCCAGUACAGAGUCGCUAUAUAUGUCCAACAUACAUAAUCGACAAGCUGAUAAACGAGAUUUUCUAAGCUCGUUUACUAAAGUGAUAAUGGCUCCAGUGAAUAUGAUUCCGAGUUUGUAUAAAACUGCAGAGACAAAAAAGGGCGGAGCGAAUAAAAUAAUGGCUAAGGCUACACAGCCGUCUAGCCGUUCAUCCGUCAUACUUGCUCCGCCUACUCCUCCCACACCGGCAGAGCUGCCCACAACAGAAUUCGCAGCCAAGGCAGCGAUUAUGAAUUCCAAGUUAGAGGGAAUCCGCAGCCUAUUCAGCAUUGAAGUCGCACUUAACCUCGUCCACGCUGCGAAGUCAAGCUUGGAGAGAACUGCACAAUUUGUGAGCCUCAAAGGGGAACAAGGAAAAGCUGCACAAGCACAAUGCGAAGCUAUCUUUGUUUCACUCCUGGAUAACCUUGGCCAUCGUCAUGUCAUUGCGGGCUUUGAUCGAGCGGUCAAUCAUCUAUCAGAAUAUCGCCCUCGCAAGCAGGCAAAAGAGGAGAGAUCCGGUGUAGAGCCCCUUGUUACUUUUCUAGAAUUAGUCAACGUGGGAGACCUGAUCCUCCAGAUGUUAGACGUAUUUUAUGAGCAGGAAUUGGUGGCUGCUGGCCUGACUGACCGGAAUGAUUUUCUCGAUCCUGCUGUUAAGGGGAAAAGGAAGUUUGAACAGAAACUGGAUGAGCAAGUUGCUGCGGGGCUGAAUAAGGGAAUUGACGUGUUAGUGGAGGAAGUUGAAUAUCUUCUAGCCACCAAACAGUCUAUUGGAGACUUUCAUCCUGAAGCAGUUGACCUAUCACAGAGAACAGCUGAUAUUGGUCCAAGCGAGGCUGCCAAAGCUGUCGUACAGGUCAUCUCUUCUCACACGAGAAUGCUUGUUGGUGGGACGGACAAAAGCACAUUAGACGUGUUCAAUCAGGAAAUUGGCCUUCGCCUUUUCAAUGCACUUUGUAAACAUAUAAAGCGGCAUCGAAUUAGCAUAGAAGGUGCCAUCAAACUGAUAAGCGAUAUGAAUCAUUACUUUGGACUUAUCCAAUCCAUGAGAAACGAACAGCUUCUACUCUAUUUCAAAGCUUUAAGAGAGCUAUCCCAAGUUUACCUCAUUGAUACCUCGGACUCGAAGGAGAUAGCUGCUAUUAUCUCGGAUGCCAGCCGUUUUCAUGGAAUCUUCCGUGCUGAAGAAGCUUACGAAUUUGCUGAGCGGCGAGCCGACUGGUACCAAGUUAAAAACAGCGUUGAGAAGGCCAUGUACGGUGUGGGAUGCUCUGUGAUGUGA